CAGUGGAUCCAAUGAGGUGACGCCGCGUUCGGGGCCCGACUGCUGAGAGCAAGCCGGUGAUAAGGGGAACUCGAAACUACCAAGGGUGACAACAAAGAGGCUCAGCAUUAAGGUAAAACCGGUACAACCGAGUUGGAACCAGCCCAGGAAAGUACAGUCUGUUGGUAGCCCCUUCACGGUUUCAUUUGUCCCGGCUGAGGAAAGCUCAUCAUGGGGGGGAGGAAGCUGGCGCUGAUUGCUCUCUUUUGCCUUGUUCUGGCAAAGUUGCCUUCUCACACAGUGACUGUAGCUGUCAUGUCAGUGGACCUGGGCAGUGAGUGGAUGAAAGUGGCGAUAGUGAAACCUGGUGUGCCGAUGGAGAUUGUUCUCAACAAGGAGUCAAGGAGGAAAACACCCACAGCUGUAUGUCUCAAAGAAAAUGAAAGACUUCUUGGAGAUAAUGCGUUAGGAUGGUCUGUGAAGAACCCAAAAACUGUUUAUAGACACCUCCAAAGCCUCCUGGGCAAAAAGCACGACAACCCCCAGGUGGCGCUCUACCAGAAACGUUUCCCUGAGCACCAGCUGCAGGAGGACCCAGUCAGAGGCACAGUUUACUUUAAAAACUCAGAAGAAAUGCAGUACACACCUGAGGAGCUCCUCGGGAUGGUGCUCAAUUAUUCCCGUGCACUGGCUCAGGACUUCGCAGAACAACCAAUCAAAGAUGCAGUGAUCACAGUCCCAGCCUUUUUCAAUCAGGCAGAGCGCAGGGCAGUCCUGCAGGCUGCACAGAUGGCAGGUCUAAAGGUUCUUCAGCUAAUCAACGACAACACAGCCGUGGCCUUGAACUAUGGGGUGUUCAGGAGGAAAGAUAUUGACAACACAGCUAAGAAUGUGAUGUUUUAUGAUAUGGGCUCAGGCAGCACAACUGCCACCAUCGUCUCUUAUCAAACAGUCAAAACCAAGGAGUCCGGAACCCAGCCCCAGUUACAGAUCAGAGGUGUUGGGUUUGACCGUGGAUUGGGGGGCUUUGAGAUGGACAUACGACUCCAGGACCACCUGGCCAAACUGUUCAACGGGCAAAAGAAGAGCAAGAAAGAUGUAAGGGAGAACCACCGGGCAAUGGCCAAGCUCCUCAAAGAGGCCCAGAGGCUCAAGACGGUGCUUAGUGCAAAUAUGGACUUCAUGGCCCAGGUGGAAGGUUUGAUGGAUGACAUUGACUUCAAAGCUAAGGUGACCAGGACUGACUUUGAAGAGCUGUGUGCUGAUCUUUUCGAAAGAGUGCCUCGCCCGGUGCAGGAUGCCCUCACAGCUGCAGAAAUGAAGCUGGAUGAAAUUGAGCAGGUGAUUUUAGUAGGUGGCUCCACGCGUGUCCCCAAGGUUCAGGAAGUGCUGCUUAAAGCUGUGGGCAAAGAGGAGCUGGGGAAGAACAUCAAUGCAGACGAGGCGGCAGCCAUGGGUGCUGUGUACCAGGCUGCUGCCCUCAGCAAGGCCUUCAAGGUCAAACCAUUCCUGGUUCGAGACGCAGCUGUCUUUCCCAUUCAGGUUGAGUUCACCCGCGAGACUGAGGAAGAAGGUGUAAAAACACUGAAACACAAUAAACGGAUCCUCUUCCAGAGGAUGGCGCCCUACCCCCAGCGCAAGGUCAUUACAUUUAACCGCUACAGCGAUGACUUCGCUUUCGACAUCAACUACGGCGACCUCAGCUUCCUGAGUCAGGAUGACAUCAGUGUGUUUGGCUCUCUGAACCUGACCACUGUCAAACUGUCUGGAGUAGGCAGCAGCUUCCAGAAGCAUGCAGAUGCAGAGUCAAAAGGCAUCAAAGCCCAUUUUAACAUGGAUGAAAGUGGAGUGCUCCUGCUGGAUCGGGUGGAGUCUGUCUUUGAAACUAUUGUGGAGGAGAAAGAAGAAGAGUCAACCUUAACUAAACUGGGAAACACAAUUUCCACCUUGUUUGGAGGAGGAUCUUCAGAACCAGCUCCAAAUGUAACUGAACCUGUCCAGGAUGAGGAGGAAGUGCCUCCAGAGUCUGAAAAGGAUGGCGAGGCCAAGAAGGAUGAGGCCCACAAGGAUGAGGCCCAGAAGGACGAGGUAGCCAAGGAGAAACAGGACGAUUCGGAGAAAGGUGCAGGUGAAGAGAAAAGUCAGGAGAAGACAGAGGAGGCAGGCAGCAAGACUGAUGCCAAGGAGGAAACGGACGGAGAGAAGUCUGGAAACACUGAGGCAGAGAAGGAUGUGGAAAAGAAGGCAAAACCUCAGAAAAAGAGCAAGAUCUCUGAAGACAUCGCAGUGGAACUCGUCAUCAAUGACAUCCUCGACCCUACUGCAGAUGAUGUCACUUCCUCGAAGAAGAAGUUGCAGGAUCUGACGGACAGAGACUUGGCCAAACAGGAAAGGGAAAAGACACUUAACAGUCUGGAAGCUUUUAUUUUUGAGACACAGGACAAGCUGUACCAGGACGACUACCAGCUGGUGGUGUCAGAGGAGGAGAAAGAGCAGAUCUCUGCCAAGCUGAGCGAGGUGUCUGAAUGGAUGGACGAGGAUGGCUACGCGGCCACCACAAAGCAGCUGAGAGAGAAGCUGUCUCAGCUGAAGAGCCUGUGCAAGGACAUGUUUUUCAGGGUGGAGGAGCGACGCAAAUUGCCAGACCGCCUGGCAGCCCUAGACAGCAUGCUAAACACCUCCAGCUUCUUCUUGAGGAGUGCUAGACUGAUUCCAGAAGAUGACCAAAUCUUCACUGAAGUUGAGCUGAAUAUGUUAGAAAAAGUGAUCAACGAAACAACGACGUGGAGGAAUGAGACGGUAGCCGAGCAAGAGAAACGCUCUCCAAAGGAGCGACCUGUCCUACUCUCCAAGGACAUAGAGUCCAAACUAGCUCUGCUGGAUCGAGAGGUCAACUACUUGCUCAACAAAGCCAAAUUUGCCAAGCCGAAGGCUAAAGCCAAAACCAAGAACAGCACCAGCUCUGAUAAAGGCAGCAAGGCCAACAACACGGCCGAGGAGAAGGUCAUCCCUCCCACAGAGGAGAGCACGGACACAAAGAGUGAAGGCCCAGAGGAGGUACCGCCUGGCGAAGCCCCGUCCACGGAGGAGAGCACUGUACACGCAGACCCGGACAGCCAAUCACAGCCCACAGAAGAAACAACAACUACAGGACCAACAGAGAAGGCCCAACUUGAAAAUCACAUAGAGGAUGAAUUAUAACAGCUGGAACUGGGGGGGAAAUCACUAUUUAUUGACAGUGUAUAAAUGUUCUAGUUCCUUCUCAUUCUGUUUUUUUUUUUUUUUUUUUUUUUUUUCCUUUGGCACGGUUUAUUGAACUGCCAGAAGCUGAUUGGAUAAGGAUUAAAGACCAUUUAUCUUGUCCCUCUUCCUCUUCUGUGCUGUUCAUCUCUUUUCUUUCAUGGAUUCUGUAAGCAGCGGACACUUAAACAUCAUGGAGAAGCAGUUUAACAGAAGUAACUCCCCACACUGGUUCUGUGCUGUGAUAGUUUCAGACACAAUCCCUUCUCACGUCCAACAAAUGAUCACAUCAAUGCUGAUCCACAGGGACUUUUAAGCAAUGCUUGGCCGUAUUGAAGUAACUAUAUGGACAGUUCACAUGAGUGGUUUGUCAUUUCAUUUCCUGCUUUGUCCUUUGCACUGUAUCCUCAACCAUGGUGUUUUGCCAUUUGUCCUGACACCUGCUCCUUUACUGACGUUUCAUGGCCGCUGUGUAAGUGCACUACUUAAUGGUGUUGGCCACAGCGGAGGGUGAGAGGUGAUUUAGAGUACUUUGGGGGAUUUUUCAUACAUAUGAUUUUUUUUUUUUUGAUUUUUUUUUUUUUUGUUUGCUCCAAUCCAGAAUCUAUUUGGCCAUAUAAUUUGUGGGUAUAUAUGUUGAAAACAUGAUAAAAAGUGGGAGCAAACCUCAUGUACAUACAGUGUGUUUAAAGUACAGUCGGUUGAUUUAAAUGGAAAUUGAAAAACAUCUGUUGUAACUAUGAAUCUGUCCUCAUAACUAUUGAUGAGGCAGCGUUGUACAAUAUCAAUUUCAUCAUUGUCAUUUGCAGGGCAGAACUGCAGAAGUCUAAAAUUCAGGAAGGGGAGAUGAAAACAGUGUUGUUUCUAAACUGUUAAUAAAAAGAUCAUUUUGUUUUUA